GAUUCCAGACGGACCAAAACAUCCUGCGGAAAGUUGACGUGGAGGAGUUUGUGUGUAACCAUGGCUGAUACUAAAGUAGAAAUACCGACUGAUAACUCCGCCGUGAUACAAAACUUAAAUGCUUCAUCUCAAUCGAAUAACCCGCUGUCGAGAAAGCUGAACAAGAUACUGGAGACGAGGCUCGAUAAUGACAAGGUGAGGAGAAAGCGUUAGCUGACAGAAGCUAACGAUGCUAACGAUCAUAAAAAAUGCGCAUAAAUCUGCUCUUUGGUGGUUUUCUACAAUUAAUGGGUUUUUGUUAGAGGUCUUUACUUACUGAUUGCUCAUUCUAGCUGCCCGUGGACAUUAAUGUGCGAAGCUGUGUUUGCAGACUGCAGCAGUUUUAGUGAUAAUAAUAAUAAUGUAUCAGGGAUCCUUAAAGCGCUUUGCAUAGGAAAACAUAAUUCAUUCCCUCACACAGUCACACCCUCGGUGGUGGUAAAAUACCUUAAUAGUCACAGCUGUCCUGGGGCAGACUGACGCAGAACGUGGCUGACCAGUUUGCGCCUCCUGCCUCUGUAACCACCACCACACAACACUCACACACCAGUGAAGGAUACAUACUGGGAGCAACGUUGGUUAAGUGUCUUGCCAAACGACACAAUGAAUAGGCUUGGGAUAGGGGGGGAAUCGAACCACCAACCUUCUACUUGGUGGAUGACUAUUCUACCUCCUGAGCUAUGGCCGCCUUAGCUUGAACAUUUAGAUUAGUGCUAAGCAAGAUGGGAAAAAGUUUAUCACGCUAUAAUUUUUUUCAAAUCAGUCAAUAUAAAUAUAUAUAACGGUAUAAAAAGCCGACGUCAGCAUGAGGGGCGUCAUGCCUAACGUGCCGGCGUGGCCAUUUUGACAAACAUAACACUAAACGCGUUGGAAUGAAUAAAAUUAGGAUGAAGUUCAGUUUUAAAAAUCAACCAUUUGUUAGCUAACUACACAGUAACGGAGAACGGAAUGGAGAGAGCAAAACUUGGACUCAACAUACUGUUCAGGGAUGAGCUGAACAAUGAAGAAAGAGAGCGUUACCUGAGUAAAAUUGAGGACAUUGCUGAACUCAUAUGAACACACUGUAUGGUCAGAAGAUGAGUUCGAGAUGCUACCACCACUGAACCGAGUGCAUUUGAAGCAUGCACAGUUCUCCAUUCUGUUCCCCCUUACUGUGUAGUUACUUAGUGUUGUGAUGUCUGUAAAAAUGGCCGUGCUGGCACGUAGCGCACCACACCGGCACUGCUUUACCUUAUUGGUCGCAUGUUUUUUGCAAUACAAUACAAUACUGCUUCUGUGAGGUCUUUGUGUUUCUUUGUGGUGAAAAAGAUUUGAGGUAUUCCCCGACUUGAGAGAACAUUUACUCGACAUAAUUUGCAGUGCACAUUACUAUGCUUCAUGUCCGACCUCAACACCAAAAUACCUCCACACCACCGACGUUUUCAUGCCAGUGUUGUCGACGAUGUCGUCAUCUGUUGAGUCUUCAUCUUCAUUUCUGCCGGGGGUAGCACUCAUUUUCCUUUUUCACUUGUUAAAGUGCUAUGGUUGCGUGUAGCUGCGGCUUGCUACUACAGUUUUUUUGCUACUUGAUUCUAAUUCAGCACAUGAUUGGUUCAGCCCGAAGCCGACCCAGAGCGACUCCCCUUUUCAUUGGCUAUUCCUAUAGUCUACUAAAACAUGGCAGGAUGCUGCCUAUUGAAAAACAUAUUGAGCAUGUUAUAUAUAUAUAUAUCAUUAUCAUUUUAUCACCCAGCCCUAAUUCAGAUGAUUUCAGUAUGAAUAACCUCCAUCUAUUGGCUUCCCUAGUUAAGGAACCAGGAUUUAACACGCAAAAGUAGGUGAACUGACCCUGUAAGUGAGUCAAUUCUUCCCUGCUUGGCUUGCGCUCCAUCUGCCAACAUUACGCUUCAAUAGUUUGUCUGCAAGGGGGAACAGAUUCUCAAGGAUGCUAAACUCGUUGCUGAACCCCAUCUGAUCUGCCUAACUAUGAACUUUCCAUUCUGUGCUUUCAGGAGAUGCUGGAGGCUCUGAAGGCUCUCUCUGUGUUCUUCACUGAGAACAGUUUACGCACAAGGAGAAAUCUGCGAGGAGACAUAGAGCGGAGAAGCCUGGGGAUCAACGAAGAGUUCGCACGAAUAUUUAAGGAAGUAAAAGAGGUGAGAAAACCGAACUAAAGCAUCUUUAAAGGAAUCAUUUUUAAAGUUUUUAUACUUGGCAUUUCACUGCUCAAAUACUGGAACACUUUAUGUGCCAAGGGAGACUGUUGUAGAGAACAUAGAAACCUGUUUUUCAAGCAAGGCACAAAUGAAAUCAUAUGCAAACAGUCUUUCAUUGGUGCUGGCUUAACUGUCUCUGCAGGAGCUGGAGAGUGUGCAUGAGGAUGUCCAAGCCAUGAGCACGUGUUGUGAAGAAAUGACUGACAGAUUAAAGGUACAGUCUGACAUUUCUGUAUCUCAUAUAGAAGUCCCUUUGCUGUCCAAUAGCUUAACACUUAUACCAACGAUAGAAGUAUAUUGUGUGAGAGAAUAAAGCUUGCAUGCCAUCUGUUAAGACACUUAUACAUUUCAUUUUACAGGCCGCAAAGGAGCAAACACAAGACCUCAUUGUGAAAACCAACAAGCUGCAGGGAGAAAAGUGAGUAGAUUCUGAAGGGGUACAUUUUUUUGUUUGCUUGUAUGUCUAUACGUGUUCGCGUAGCGUUACCUUGCAUGUGUUUAUUUGAACAUCAAAUCCAGUUACCCAUUAAAAAGUCAAUAAAGUGCUGCAGUUUAGGUUUUUCUCCAGAGUCAGAGAAACUUCUCGAAUGUGUAAUGCUUGCUGAAAACAAAAACUACCCUCUGGAAAUGUACAGUUUUUGUUUAAUCAGAAAGUAAAGUAUUUGAUUUUCCAUUAUCUGUGAGAGCGGUGAAGUUUUAGUCAGUUUUAUAUCAGUUUUUUGAUAUCUGUUUUAUGAAUAUUUGCUCAUAUGGGACCUUUUUAAAUCCCUGGUUCAAGUUUUCAGCACAUAUUAGUUCACCGCCAGAAUUGAUUGCAAAAAAAAAAAAAACUGAAGUAGUAAAAAUUCAAACAAUGAUUGAAACAAAAACAGAAAGUGUCUAAACUGGAUGUAAGAUUGUGUUGGUCAUUGGCUUUUUUAAUAGACUGUAUUGAUGAUCACCUGGUCAUUUUGAAUAUACUGCAUAUGGGACACUGUAUUUUAUUCAGCACUUGCACAAUCUAGACAUCUAUUCAGAAUAAAAUAGUCACCAAAAUGUAAAAUAGGACAAUACAAUGAGGCUGCUGCUGCUCCAGACAUUUGUAGCAGAAUAAAGAGCGUUAAGGAGAUUGAUUUGAUAGGAUGAAAACUUUGUUCUAAAUUAACAGCCGAAAGUUCAAAGAAAUCUCAUAUCGCCGUUUCAGCACUUAUCUUUUCUGAGGCUAAAAGUCAUUUUGGAAACUCAUCACAUGCGUCCCUGAUAGGCAUCUUCAUCAGACCAAAGCCAGACACCAUCAUUUCACUCUCUUCAGCGUCUCAUUUUGAACAGAAAAAUUGCCUCCUUUUCUAGUGAGACCAGUUUCCAGACGACAAAAAAAAAACCUUCAAUCAAAAUACGCAGCAGGAGCAAGAUGUCUACUUAGCGAGUCAGAAGCAUUUAUUGCACACGUUGUUUGGAAAGCGAUCUUUCAUUACGCUCUUGCACUCUCUGUUAAGGUCAUCCUCUUUGACAGCUGUAAAUCAAAGCGUCACAUUAAAAUUGAUUCACUGACAGUUUGAGCUGUUUGCACAUACAUGAGUGUGACCUGCCAAGUUAGACUAGACUACCUUCUAGUAUGUGAAGUUGCUGUGGUGCAGGGCAAGAAGAGCUGGCAUGCACAUCUUCUUUCUGAUGAGGGGGGGGAUAAAUGAUUCAUGAGGCGGAUGAAUAUUUCUCCUGCAGUUGACUAUUUGCAUAAGGAAGGCAGCGAUCAUCACAAAUGGAGCCUCAUUUGUUUCAUUCGUCAUGUCCUGUGAUGUUUGGUCUUCAGAUAAACAUCAAAGUAUUUCCUGUUUACACGGCUGCUCCCUGAUCUCGCUGAAGCAGACGAUUACAACUGGAGAGCGGCCCAUCAGCGUGUUCACACGUAUGAGCGUGUGCGUUGAGAUUUGCUGACAACACAUGUUAAGAGCCGUCAAAUAUGCAGAUUGAAUAUGUACAGCUCCCUAUGACAUUGGGUGGAGAAGAGUCAGUUGGUGUGUCCUUACCCAGCUGCAUCUCUUUGAAUACUGAUGGAUUUAUUUCCUCUGAAAGCCUGCCAAUAAAAUAAUUUAAGUGCCAUUAAUUUAUGAUUUUUGGCCUGCAGAGUGUUGACAGAGAUGUGAAAAUGAAAUACCCCGCUCUUCUUCAUGGAUAGCUGGGGAUUGGGGUGGGGUUCAUUAGCAUUUGUGGCGGCUGUGACCCCCGGUGCUCAGUGACCUUGUGACGCCACAUACAGAGGCAGGGGGCGAACUUAAUGUAGAUUUCUGGCAAAAGACGGCGCUUACUGCUGUGAUGCGCCGCCGCAAUUCCAUGCUCUGCUGGCACAGCUUCAGGACCUCCUUGACGACAAGGUGACAAAGGAAGGGAGGGAGGGAGUGAGAUUGGAAAUAAAGGAGAUAAAGCUCAGAAUGUGAGAGGAGUGAAAGACACCAGUGGGGAUAAAGGCAGCGGUGAAAAUUCUCAGACAGUGAAUUGAUUCAAGUCAUCGCACUUUAUGUGCCGGUCCUGUUGGCGGUAAGUGGUCAGAGGUUUUACAUAAAGGCCGUCCUGAGUGGCCCCCUGCUCGGUCUGCUUUUUCGCGUAGUGGUACCACUGGGAACCUGCUGUCUGUCUGCGUGACAUUUUCAUUCGCAGAUCCACAAUGACCCCACAGGCAGAUGGGAUAUUGACUGCACGCUGGGCUUUGACCUUGUCUUUAGCUGUUUGGUCUCAGAGGAGCUGCCAGAAGAAGUGUGCAUUCAAGCUGUCCUCCUUCAGCCACCCGCCACUCGGCCCACUGCUCCCGUCUUUUCAGGUCACAGAGUACUCAGCAAUCUGGAGCCAGCAUCUUUUUUUACGCUUCCCCUGUUGACAUGUAUUAUAGCAGCGCUACAACUGCAGCACAGCCCAACAAUUUGUGCUUAUAGGACACCUCUGCUGAGAGAGAGGGUACAGUCUUUCAAAGCUCUCUCUCUCUCUGUGUCUCUCUCUGUGUACCCACAGAGCAGGCCUGUCCUGAUCUGUUUGCCAUCUUAUCUUUCUCUGUCACUGUGUCAUUUGCCAGCUCUAAUGAAACUGAAAGAAAAAAACAGAUUGCUUACAACGUGUCGAAGCAAAGGUGGAAAAAAAGGGGAGAGCCAAUGAGAGCGAGCGGCCCUGUGUUUGUCUGCCUCCUUUUCAGACGUGCUGCUCUUUGUUCGGGGGCCGGUCCUGUUCAAAGAGGCUGUCAGCGGCGGCAGUAAAUUAGUGUUGUGUGUUGUUCCGUAAUGAAACGUAAUGCUCCCCACCUGCCCUACCCUGUGUGAUCUUUGCUUUAGCGUGACAUGUUAUCUGCCGAACAAGUUGAGACGUCUCUCCGGCGGAUGUUUCACUAGACUGUGUGACAGCGCGGUUGGCUGGAGGGGUCUGACAGUUGGUUUAGCUCUAUUAGGACUAUUUAGCUGCAUGACUGAGGAUAAUGUUGUUAAAUGUGAGAAACUCAACUAGGAUUUACCUGCCCUGGGCUCAGGCAGAGACUCAUUUUUGUCGCAGGAAUUCUCACAGCACAUGAGAAGUUAUUAGUCUUGGGUUGUAUCUACACUGUUUUUCCUGAAUUAAAGCAAAUUAUUUCGCCGUGACUCUUGUUUGGGUCAUUUAAAAGCUCCCCGAAGCCCCCAGGAGAACGUUCACAGUGUAAAUGACAGCCUGUGUAAAAUGACACUUGAGCUUUAUUAAGGCUCUGCUGGCUGUUAAUGAGGGUCUGGCUGUGAGUAUGCCUUUGUGUUGUCUGAUGACUGGCUGUGACCACGCUCUGUGAUCACUGGUGCAUGGCUAACCAACAGUUUUGUGAAUGCCAAAUUUCCAUGCAGGCUUUUGAAACAGCCCCUAAUAGUUUGUAAUGGACCAUCGACUCACACGGUUCACAACUCCUGCAUGAGCGAGAAUAUUUGCUGCGAUAAUCAGUCUGCUUUAGAAAUAAGAAAUGAAAAAUGAACAAAGUUUUAUAAACUUUAAUGAAAGUUAGAAGUUUGAUUCCACCUUGUAUGACACAUCCUCAGGUAGUAAAAUGUGAUUUACAUAUUAAACCAUCAGUAUAAACAAACUUACUGCGCCAACGGCUCAGCUCUGAGGCGUCGUACAGGUGUGACUGAAAAUUUCACUCUGUCAGAUAAUGAGACUGAGCUUUAACGGUAACUGUACCCGCAGGUCGCAGCUUGACUCCGCCCUCGGUGUGUAAUUAGGAAAAAAUGCAACAAAGUGUGAAAGGGGGCGUGGAUGUGAGAGGCGGGAGUUUCUCAGUCACAAUGAUAGAAAGGUGAUGACAUGCUAUUCUUAAAAUACAGAUUUUACGAUGUAGAUUCGUCAUCAGUCCUGAUAUAAAUCAAUCUCUGCCCUUAAAACACAGAUCUUUAUUGAUUGGUGAAAAUAUCAGUAUCAAGUCUGCAGUUUGUCUUUAAAUUUAGAUUUUUAUUACGGUUAUAAUCAGUAACCGAUCGGUCUGAUUAUCAAGAGUGAACGAUUAUUGUGCAUGUGACGUUAAAUAGAGUGAAAUCUGGUGCUUAAUUUAGUGAGUAUUAUUCCCAAAUUUAAGUGAAAGCUCGUCAAGCGACACUAGGAAUUGAUGCAUGGUCCCUUACAGUAGUAGAACAUAUGAUAUUUUAUAUAAAAUUAUCCAAUUAAAUAGACAGAAAUGUUUUAAUAAACAAAAAGUACACUAAAAAAUAGGCUCAUGCAUACUAUUUUACUAUUUUGUGUUGUAUAUGGUGUACAUAUUUGUAUAUUAUCUCUUUAUUUUGACCUAUUUUACUUAUUUUAUCUAUUUAUCUCUUUAUUUUUACUUAUUUUAUCUAUUAUUUAUCUUCUUUUCCUACUUUAUUUGCACUGGAGUCACUGUGACAAAAAGCAAUUUCCCUCUGGGGAUUAUUAAAGUAUUUCUAAUUCUACAAUAUUUUCACAUUUAUUGUUUUUAGAGAUUUAAAGAGGUUUUCAGUUGCAUUAAAUCAAAUGAGGGUUUCAGUCAUUAUGUGUUUUUGCCAUAUCGAGCAGCCCUACAGCAAACAAACACACAAACAAAGGAAGAAACUCUCAGACUCACAGACAAUUUUUUGUGAUUCCAUCAUGUGAUAUUGUGUAAACUGGAUCUGAUUUAACGUUGCUGUUGUUGGCUUUCCUUCUGCAACAUCAUAGAGUAAUUUUCCUCUCAACCGCCGGGCCAGUGCCUCUACACGCUCGUCUUUACAGCCUGGCGUUGCCAAUCCACUCCAGUAUGUUGUCUCUCUCUGGUAUUCGAUAAUUGCGGUCUGGAGAAGAAUGUGUCAUGUCCUGACAGCACUGUAGAAAACGAUCCUGCUGCUCCGCUGUUCCCUCGCCAUCCGUUGCUCUGCUGUUACUACUCCCACAAUCCCCCUCUCCUAGCCCUGUGCAGACGUGUGCAGCCUGUCUGUGUUUGUGAUUUACAUCCUGGAGGAACAGGUCUGUCACUCGUGGACUGAAAAAAUGAGAGAUUGGGGCCAGGUCGAGUCUUCAGAGGUGGAUUUGUUGUAAAGUUUGACGUGUGAGAGAGAUUUUCUCUGCUGGUGCUGCUGCACUGUCAAAAAGUGUUUCCAGGAAAUAAGACGCUGUGGUGAAUGAGUGCAGCUUUCAAUUUUUGAUUCAUUUUCCUCGACAUAAAGUACAUGGUUAACUCCAAACUCCAAACUCCAAAUAUUAAAAUAUUUCCUUAUCAGGUCUACCUGGGCAAAAGAGGAAAAGGACUGGACCAAACCUUGAUUUACAAACUGGAGGAAGAGUGGAGAGUCCAACAUGUUUGUAGUCGAGUGUUGAGGUUACUCAGCCUGUGAUGGUUUUUGGUGUCAUGUCAACAAAGUCAACAGAGGGAGAUUUUAGAGCUCUUCAUGCUUCAAUCUGCUGACCAGAUUUAUAAAGAGCUUCAUUUCCUUUCCUAGCAGGACUCUGCACCUGCCCACAGCGCCAAAACUACAACUGUGUGCUUACUGUGCUGUUGGAGAGGCCCUGACUAUUUAGGGAGUGUAUAGAUUUGACUUUAAGCGAGACAUCUCUGUGUUUUAAUAAUUUAUCUAUUAAUUUUAUACUGGAUUUCUAAUUUUCAUGAGAAACUAGCAUGGGAAAAAAAGGCUUUAAAUAUUUCAUAAUGAAUAUGGAGUUAGAAAGUUAAUCUACUGAGUUUAGAAAACUGAACUUUUGCAGGAUUCAUAAUGUCAUUUACAAUCAAGCCCGAUCGAGAUAUCUUGCAAAAAUUUAAAAGAAACUUUUGGACCUUAAAGUCAUACCUCAUAAAGUCAUCAAAUCAUCAUUUAAACCGAGUCUUCUUCUUCUUAAUAAAGUGAAUUUUGGUGUUUAAUGAGACGAGACUUAUUAGGAAAUUACAUCAGAAGCACAAUCGAAAGUCUCUUAACGGUCGUUUACGUGCCUUGUUUUUAAUUUUGAUGUUCGAACAGGUGAUUUUUGUUUUCAGAAAUAUCAGAGUAGAAUCACCCGCUGCUUAGAUCAGCACAUUACAGAUCAAACUUUCUAUCUUGAGACAUCUUUAGCUUCUGAUUAUAGUUGUGCAUGUGUUUGACAAAGACGAGUACAUUUAAUGUCGAUAGUUUCUUAAUUUAUACCGAAGUCUGUGUAAUUAAUGACCGCAGCAGCCUGCUAUUUGUAAUUGUGCUGGGAUAUCAGGUGGCUCAUGAGCCUUUGGUUUUAAUUAGUUAUCUCCCUGCAGGACAAUGUGUUUUCUCUUUCUAAUCUAUUUCCCGUCAGUUUUCUCCUCCCUUCAGUUUCUGUGAGGGUUUUAUUUUUUUGACACAAGGGCAACGGCAUGUUCCGAUCAAUUCACAAAACGUUUUUAUUUAUUCCUUUAUUCCAGUUUUUAUUGUGACAGCCUGUUUUCUUUUUGGAAAGUGUGAAUUUCAGAAGGCUUGUGUAAGAAGAGGAAGGGGUUGCCGUGUUCCUAUGAAGCCAACCUGUGAGUUGAAUUGAAGGUGGAGAUUGCUCCGAGCUGUUGUUGCAACAAAAUCUGGAGGCACAGGACAGACUCUCUCCAAGCUCCUGGGCGUGUGAGCCAGAGAAAUCCUAAAUCAUAGAAUCCCCCUUACAGAUUUACAACCGUUUACUUUCAGCUGGCUGAGUGCUGCUAUUAGCCGAGUGAGAGACAAUGGUCAGAUAAAUGCCGGGUCUGUGUCCUCCACACAAACAGGCCGCUGAUUUACAGACCCCGCCUUGUCUUCUCACACAGACGGAGAGAAUAUAGACGAGGUGGUUUGGAUGGAAACACAGGACAGAAGGAGGACUGGCUAUCCCGUAACAGAGUUCCCUGUUUGACCAGGGCGGUUGCCAUGGUCACUAUUGUGUGGAGACACUAAUAGUGACACUGAUAGUGAUCAGUCUGCUGUCAUUGAUAGAGACGAAAACCUGGCCCCGUAUUCUUGUCCUGUUAUUUAUUCCCUCACUGCUGUACAUGAUAUCUUCAGUUUGAGUCACACCCUGCAGCCUCACUCCAGGUUUACUGAGAGAAAAGAGAAAAGUGUUUGUGUGUGUUUGAGUGUGUGGAGCAUGACUGCCAUCUGCUGUGGGACUUUGUACAUUACAGCCUUUUCUGUCGGAGUAGAAAACAUUGUUCCACACUGCCAGGUCACACAAGGGAAGUGACAGACCGACAACAACAAAACUCAGUAACCCGAGACAAAAGAAGGAAUCUGAAAAGAUUAGAAGAAAUCACAAAGACCUUGAAGAAAGACUCAACAAAGACCCGGCUGAGCUGAACGGGAACUCUGUGACAUAACAGUAGAAAGCCCAGACACUGUCUUUUUUACUGAAAUAACAGGAAGGAAGGACUCACACCUUUUACCACAACUUUAGAGGUGUCGCUCUUUAAAGGUUUUAUUGUCAUGACAGCUCCAAACACAGUUAUAAACACAAACUGAACAUGAGGUUUGAUAUUUUAUAAAGAAUAAGGGUGGGCCAUUUUGACAAUUUUGCAGAAUGAUGUGACAGUCAAUGAUAUUUAGCACCAACAUGAUUGGUGAUGAUUUGGUCACAACAAAAAGGGGAAACAUAAACCAUGUACAAGAUUCAAAACAAAUCUCUAUUAAACCAAAUUAGAAUAAUUAAGAAAUGAGGCGUGUAAAUCAGUAGAAGGUAGGUGUAUGUGUGUGAGGAUGUUGUGCAAAACAAACAUAAACUAUAACCAAACCAAACCAAACACCUGCAGUGAGGAGCUUAAAUACCCCCAGCACGCCCAGGCCCAGGUGCGCAUGAUUACUCUGAUUGGUGUGCAGAGAGAAACCAACAAGACACACCUCCAACAGCAGCAUGACCCUAAAGGGGCAUCACACAAGAAAUUGUGGAAAAACAACAAAAUACAAAAGUAGAGUAUUUCAUUUUUGUUCAAAGUGUCAUUGGCGUUGUUACUAAUAUGUAUAGAAAUAACAUUAUAAGAAGAAAAGGUCAUAUUUAUUAAUUUAAAAGUAAGAUAUCAAAGUUAAAGCUACUCUCAGGAUCUUUGGGUUUGUAUUAGGGAUGGGUGAUAUAGGCGAAAAAAAUUAACAACAAAAGUCCCAAUAAAAAAAUAUAAUUCCUAGCUAUAUUUUUGACUCAUUUUGUCUUGAGAAAACCAGUUAGAGUAGUCAAAUAAGAUACUUAAGAUACUGCUCAGAAACGUCUUCUUCAUCACCUUCGGCCAUGUUUUUUUGUUAUUCUGCUCUGUGUGGGCUGUGGCUGCGAGUCCGUCGCUCGUGCUUACGUCAUCAACUUGCAUUUAUCGUAUUUAUCAUGAGAUGGCAAAUAUUUAUCAUGGAGGAUUUUUCUGACGAUAUAUUGAUAUGAUAAUUAAGUAUAAGUAUAAGUAUGAUAAUUUAUCGCCCAUCCCUAGUCACUAUAUGUAUGAAAAUAACUGUAUGAGAAGAAAAGGUCAUGUUUAUAUAUUCAAAAGUAAGAUCAGAGUUAAAGCUGCUCUCGGGAUCUUUAGGUUUGCAUUGAUAUUGGCGCCCCCUUGUGGACACAUGGAUGCCUCCUAACUUCCGUACAUCUGAGAGUUGUGUUUUCAGAUAAAACCCAACAACAUCUAUCACUCUGCGUAUUUGCUGUGUGGAAAAGUUAGGAAGGCAGAUUUUUUAGCCUGCUGUCUGAAAAAGAAGUUAUUUGUGGAUCUGUCCUCAAUAGAAACCACUCACUGACAGUCUGUAGAGAAACACUGAAGCCAAACUUCGCAAAUGCUUGUGAAGUGCUUGUGUUUCGUCCUCAGGUAAUAUUUGUGCUCUCUUUCUUAACUUCAGCCAAACAGGUAUAGACGGAGUUUUACACCUACUUAUUUUUAUCAAAACACUCGUCAACCUUCGCCGUACUUUGUCUGUCCUCCUCAGUCAUCGAUUGGAGGUGAGAGCUCAGGUUGCUCAGGCUUUCCUCGCCAAGUUCCAGCUGUCUGCCGAGGAGAUGGCCACACUUCGAGGGGCACGAGACGCAGCCAUUACUGAGGUAAUCACUCUUAUGAUGUCUGCUAAUGAAUUAAAUCACGUCAAAAGUCCUCCCCAUCUGCAUCCACGAGAUGAAGAGAUACAGUAUCAGGUAGGAAUUAGUGUCUUGAUGAUCUGUGGCUUUUAUUAUCGCUUCUCUUCUUUUUCGAGAGGCUCCAUUAUCUCUGCUCUCCAGUGGAAGGGUGAUCCAUCUUUUCACUCUGCCAACGUGCUGCCACAAAAUCUGAUGAGUUGUUAUAUUUGGCCGGGAUAUUUAAUCGUCCGUUAAAAUGAAAUUUUAGGGAUUUGAGGGGAUCUGAACUUUUAGGAUAAUCUGCCUCCUCAUUCCAGAGUGAAAACCUGUCACUCUGAUUGAUGAUCGCAAAUCUGAGCGGACAGCUUUGUUUGACUUUCUGAUACACGCAUACAUAAUUAAUAUAUAAAUAUGGAUAAUCCCAGACUGAAAACUCUGUUACGUCCUGUAAUUUGCACGAUUAGUUGUCAACACUUUCCUUUCACAAGGUUUGAAAAAAAUCGCUGAAAAUCUGCAAACCACAUUUCUCCUUCUAUAUUCAUUUAUGCGUCGUUCAUUUUCCAGGAUUUCUUUAAAGCUCUGGGCCGAGUGAAGCACAUCCACGAGGAUGUGAAAGUCCUGCUGCGAACCAACCAGCAAACGGCGGGGUAUGUUGCUCGUCUCGCUCGGUGGUUUCACUCUUUGCUUUACAUAGGGAUUCUGCUCUUAUGUAAAAUUCAUUGCAUUUCUUUUUAGCAUGAAUGGCAGAACAGACUAGUGGGGGGAAAAAAAAGCUCAUUCAGGUGUGGUAUUUAUGUCACUGUGAGGGAUCUGACACUAUGCUGCUGCUGGUUAUGGGUAUUGAACGUGUGGUCUUGGUUUGCGUCGUUUGUUCCAGGCUGGAGAUCAUGGAGCAGAUGGCCGUGUUACAGGAGACAUCAUAUGAGCAGCUUUACCGCUGGGCUCAGAGUGAGUACAGUACACACAGUUAAUACUUACAGCACACUGAGGUGACCUUUAGUGCACAGGACCUCCAUGCUAGGGCUGGGCGAAAAACCGAAAAUUUACCGAUACCAAAAUUUACAACAAUAACCAACAUCAUUUUGCCCAUAUCGGUAUAUUUGGUGUGAAAAAAAUGAAUAAAUAAAAGCUGGUUUUGGAUGAGUGUAGGUAGGCUAUAGUCUCACAACCCUUUAAGAUGCUGUCCUACGUCAGAGACUUAAGUAGAUGAGGUUAAUGUGGGAGGGAGUGAGCAGCUUGUGGAGCAGUUAUCGUCCAUUUAUCGUUAUCAAAGUGAUCUGAUCAAUAUAGUGAUAUUGAUUUGAGGCCAUAUCGCCCAGCCCUACUCCAUCCUGAACUUCAACUUGUCUGUUUGUUGCCAAGUCAGACCAUUAAGAAAGUGCGUGUUGCAAACAUAAGUGGAGGGCAACAAAGGAUGGAUGAUUUCCCUCCGUAUUUCUUUUGUGUGUUUGUUUUUUGACAGUUGUCAGCUAUAACUGAAUUAUAAGAGAGUUAUGGCGUGUACUGGCAACAUCCGCGGACACAUGCAACUCAUAAUGUUUAACUGAGGUUUUGCCAAAAGACGUCCCAGAGACCAAAGUUUCCCUCGACUCAGCCAUGUGUUUUUUUCUGCAAAAAUCGAAUAAAAAUAAAACUGAAGAGUUUCACUGGUUCUCCCCGCUGCUUGUGAUGUUGACAUGUAGUUACUGUCAGACUGGUUUGUGCUCAAGUCCUCUUUUUUCUGUGAAGCUCCGUUUUUAAAAGUUAUGAGGGGGUUCAUGUUUUCUAUGAUUGACACCUGAUACAGCCUAUGGGCGUUCAGGGAUUGCGUAGCUCACCCGGGGGAUACGCUGUUUGAGCUGAGCGUCAUCACAGCGACUCUCGGCGACUGCGCGGGCUUUAGGAAAUAAAGAAAAAUCCCGGAAAUCCCGAGAGCUUUUUGGCUUCAAAUCCGUAUACAGGCAGUAGGCGGAACCAAGUUAUCCAUAGUAUAUACAGUCUAUGGUCUGACCUGAUCCCCCUCUUUUUACUGCCUGUUUAUUGUUUUUUAUUGUCUGUGAAAAACGGAGACUGACCUCUUGCUGGUUUGGAAAAUAUGAUUAAAUUUUGUUCUUUUGCUUUUAGGGUAACAAUUAACGAAACUAUUUGCAACUAUUAUUAGAGCAUGGAGUAUGUGCUGUAUGUGGUUUUUGUCCUGCUCCUAUUAGAAUUACAAAAGAAACGACAAGAUAAGAUGAUUUAUCUCAUUUCCAUCUGCCCACAAAGAUGAGUGCCGAGGACUGACCCAGGAGACCUGUGAUAUCAGCCCUGUGUUGACUCAAGCCAUGGAAGCCCUGCAGGACCGGCCCGUCCUUUACAAGUAAUAUACACACACAAUAAUGCAAACCAAUCCUUGUUUUGUUCCCCUAAAUGGCUCCUAUAUUAAUAUCAAUGUGUCGUUUAAUAAAAAAGUCAUCCCCAUGCAGCCGAUGGAAGAAAGCAGAAAGUGACAAGUAUCCAGAGAGGAAAAAUAAACAAAGAGAAAGUUUCACACGAAACACAAAGUUGUGUUUUCACGACACACCGUCCUUCUCUCUGUCCGUAUCUUCUGCGCUGCACCUGUCUUCCAGCGAUCAGAGAGUCCAAGGCCACACACUGGCUGGGGAUGUUGAGGCUGAGAGUGGAGAGCAGCGUUCCUGGAAUCUUAAUUCAGAAUUAUCUUGUGUUUAGUCUGUCACAGAGGCCGCCACCGCCAAGUAAUCAAAACAACCUCAGAGUCUUUCCUUUUGGAAAAGCUGCCUGCUGUGUUGAUGUGUGUCAGUGACUGACCUCUGACAAACAGUCUGCACAAAAAAACACAGGCUGCCAACCUUUUUACACGAAGCUUUAGUUUUGAAUCUCAUCUUUUUUUUCUCUCUUUUAUUCAUCAGGUACACGCUGGAUGAGUUUGGGACGGCACGCAGGUGUGCCGUGGUGCGAGGAUUUAUCGACGCCCUCACUCGCGGUGGGCCAGGGGGAACGCCCCGCCCCAUAGAGAUGCAUUCACAUGACCCAAUGAGGUGAAUCACCAGUCAUAUUUAUGAGUUAAACACUGGCAUGGUUACAUAAAUCAAAAUUUCCUUGAAGAAUAUUUUCAUAAUUAUUUAGAAUUUCACUUUUGGACACCAACAUCUGUAAAACUCAGAGCUAAACCGACUCUUUGUGGCAGUGAUGAGUGCAGAAAACAGAAAAGAUGGUGCAGGUUCUUAUGUAAUGGUGUGUGAGGUGUAUUAUUUUAAAUGUCAUUAUGUCUCUAAACAGUAAAUCUAUUUGAAUUACCUCCAAGCUUUUUCCCUGAAUAGGUUCCUCGAUGUUACACCCAUUUCAAGAGGAUGUUAAAUGUCCAUUUUGUUAAGUAUUGCCUGAAUUUCUCUGUGAUUUCUGUGUAGCACAUCCUCUCUACUUUUCCUCCAGUGCCGGAGGCUAAUCGGGAGGUUUUCUCAGAAUACCCGACAUGUGUGGAACACAAAAUCACCUCCACUUUAUAGGAGACAUCAGCUGUUCUGAGAACAUCAGGUUCUUUCUCACCUCCCUAUGUGCUCUCACUCAUUCUCAGGCUUAAUAACACACACACACACACACAUGCACACACACACACACAGGUUCAGGUCUAACCUAACUGUUUUCCAGCAUUGAGCAACACCGAAAGCUAUGUGCGUGUUAAAGCAUUAGCUGAGUGAAUCACGAUGACCCCUGCCCGGAUGUCGCCGCGGUCACAGUGUAGUGAGAUUAGCCCUCGGUUUGGCCUCUUCGCGACGCGCUGAUUAACGCAAACGGUUUUGUCGCUCUUUCAGGUAUGUUGGGGACAUGUUGGCCUGGCUGCACCAAGCCACAGCCUCGGAGAAAGAGCAUCUGGAGGCUCUGCUCAAGCAAGUCACUCUGCAAGGUCUGAUGAUUCUUAGAUAUGAGCUCUCAACUUUGAUUCAUGCUGAAUGUUCGAUUAUAAACACCCCGACCUCCUCAGUUCAUCUUAGAUCAAUUUUAUCUUGAUGCAUGUUUGUUCCCAAAAAACAUUCAACCCCACUUCCAAGAGAAUUUGGAGAGUUUGAUGGUUUGCAAAUCAUUAAAUAAAAAAACAGUGAAAAGACAACCUAUCAAAGGUUAAAUCAUAAAAUUUUAAUGUCUGUUCACCUUCAAAUUAAUGCCAGUUUAUAAAAAGGGAUGAUACCAUAUUUCUAUUUGAAUUUCCCUUUGGGGAUCAAUAAUCUUCUUCUACUACUUCUUCUACCUCUUCUUCCACUUCUUUUUCUUCUUUUUCUGCUUUUUCUUCCUCUUCCUCUUCUUCUACUUCUACUUUUUUCUUUUACUUCUACUUCUGCUUUUCUUCUACUUCUGCUUCUUCUUUUUCUUCUGCUUCUUCUACUUCUUUUUCUUCUACAUCUUCUGCUGCCUUUUCCUCUACAUCUUCUUUUACUUCUACUUUUUUCGAAAACUUCUUUUUCUUCUACAUCUUCUGCUGCUUUUUCCUCUUCAACUUCUUUUACUUCUACUUUUUUCUUCUACUUCUUUUUAUUCUACAUCUUCUUUUACUUCUACUUUUUUCUUCUGCUACUUGUACUUCUUUUUCUUCUACAUCUUCUUUUACUUCUCCUACUUUUUCUUGUACAUCUUUUACUUCUACUCUUUUUCUUCCACUUCUUUUUUCUCUACUUCCUUUUCUUCUUCCUCUCCUUCUCCUCCUCAUCCAUUGAAAAUAGUUGACGCAUCAUGACACUAGAAUAUGACCCUGAAAUGUAGAUAUACUGAAAUCUUAAUAUUUGGACAACAUUUGACUUCCAAACUCCACAAACGGGUUUCCUCAGGUUCAGAUGUUUACAGCCUUGUUUAGAGGACAUGUACAUUUUUCAUACAAUGAUUAAUUUUUCAGUUUUAGUAUUUGAUAUGUUGUAUUUCUACUCUUAUCAAUGAAAUAAAGGCUUAAAAUAUGUCCCAGCUUUUUCAGAAUCAGGGUCGCAGUUAAUGAAAUUGGCCAGUAUGUGUUAGAAUCCAAUUUUCGUACAUUAAUUUUGUAGUAUCGACUCAUCCUCUACUUUUUUUCCUCAUUCAGAGCAAAAUUUACACAUGCUAAGUCAUAACCAAGCAGUCCUAGUUAUUCAGUUUAUGAUCAUUCCUCUGAAACAACAUGCAACAGUCAACAGUGGAAAUCUCUCCAUGCAGGAGUCAAAGUUGUUAUUUUAUCAUGGAUAUCCGUUUGAUCUGAGCAUCUGUUUUUCUCUGUGGUGUAGGUGUGGAGGAGAACAUGCAGGACGUCGUUGGACACAUCACUGAGGGAGUCUGCAGGCCGCUGAAAGUGAGCAGAGGAAUUAACUUGAUGCUCUUUAUCAUAAUGAACAUUGACGUUCACAGCGCUCUGUCGUAUCCAGCUCAUGUCCUCACUCUGUGUGUACCUCUCAGGUUCGAAUAGAACAGGUCAUUGUGGCUGAGCCGGGUGCUGUCCUGCUCUACAAGCUCUCCAACCUGCUCAAAUUUUACCACCACACUAUCAGGUACCUCAUCUCAUUUCAGUCGUUAUGAUUAUAAAAACUCACAAUGCUGAAAAUGUGACUUACCUGAGCGUGUUUUUCUAGCUCUAUCGUUGGAACCAGUGUGGCCUCUUUACUCAUCACCAUGGAAGAAAUGCACAUCCUCAGCAAAAAGAUGUUCUUCAAUAGCUUGAGCCUUCAUGCGAGCAGACUCAUGGAUAAAGUACGGUUUAUUUUGGACAGUAUUUUUUAUCUCUAUGAUGUUGUUUUGUCUUUUGCACUUGUGAGAAAGUGUCUAAUACAAAUUAUUACAUCACCUUAGAGGAAAAAAGGGGAAAAUAGAAAAAGCAAUCUUGUUUUAAAAUUGGGACUGUCUGCAGUCUUCCUGUAGAAAAUGGCUUAAAUCACAGUGCAGAAGUUCAGUUUUGUGGAGACACAUUGUGUAUUUAAGCGCAGUGUCUAGACCCUCAAAGACAACAAGGCUAUUUCUGAAUCCCUUCUGCUUGUAAACAGUUUGGACCUGCAGGCUGCAGCAUCCAAAAGGUGCUAGCUGCCAAAAGGAACCAGACUUGUUACCGUUAAGUUUAAUUGGUAUCCCAAUAUACCUCAGCACGAGCAAAAGCUCUUUCACAUGACACGCUGGCUGCGCCCUGAUCAAUAACAGUUACAAGAAUUAUCCCUGUUGCUCGGAGUUAAUCAUUUUGGAGGCCCUCUGGGUUUUGGUGUCAAUUCCAGCUAAUACCAGGAACACAGCCUUCCCAUAAUUUGCUCUAUUAGGCGGACAAAGGUGGCCGGCCUCACAUCUGUGUUGUCCAUCCAGAGGCCAAUGAAAUCACACUCUCUUCAUUAAAACACCUCUUCUGACUCUGAUCAAGCAGGGCCGCAGAGAAACAGCAGGACCCAGUUUAUACAUGCAGUGUUUCAUGCUGCUCAUUAGGGUUAUGAAGAGCUUUGACGAUGUUAUGAGGACAGCCUGUCGCAGUAGCAAGAGUCGCUGUGCAAGAAGAAUAACUUUGCUUUCUUUUGCGAGGCUUUCAUUCGGUCCUGUUUGUGUGGAAACAGGUGGAGCUGCCACCCGCAGACCUGGGACCCACAGCCUCCCUCACUCAAACCCUGUCCCUCCUCAGGGAGGUGCUGGCCUCACAUGACUCAUCGGUGGUUCCUCUGGACGCCCGCCAGGCUGACUUUGCUCAGGUACGAUGGCAUGUGUAAGAAUAGAAAAUAGAAAGCGUUAUCUCACACUGCCGUCAUAAACGAAUCGAUCGCUGUUUGUUGAGGUAUAAAGAUCGUGAUUUUCUUUAUGACACCCAUUUUUUAAACUUUGUUUGUUUGUCUCUCAGGUGCUCUCUUGCAUCUUAGAUCCCCUCCUGCAGCUGUGCACCGUGUCAGCCAGCAACCUGGGCACUGCCGACAUGGCGACAUACAUGGUCAACUCGCUGUAUGUGAUGAAGACUACGCUGGCUCUCUUUGAAUUCACAGACAAAAGGCUGGAGAUGCUCGAGUUCCAGGUCUGAAAUAUGCACCAAAUCUGAAAUAAAUCACCUUUGUUUCCUUCUAGACUUAAAAACAGUAAGUCAUUGCACAGCACACCUGAGAGGUGUGUGUAAACUGUGUGUGAACUACUCUUGUCAUUCAUCCUGAGUGCUCUGCUCAUGAGUCAUUCAUCCUACAUGAAUGACAUGAAUACAUCAUAGUGUCUGUAUGCGGGUAUAUUGUUGAUUAAAAAAGGUAAUUAUUCUUGAUCCUCCCUUCACCGACCAUAGAAUCCAAAUCUUUUAUUUAAAAGAUUUUAUUCACUCUCACAGGAGCCUGUGCGUCAUAUAUUAUUGUUCGUGCUCCAGUGCAUCACCUAUCCCUCUAUUUUUAGCACUUGUUUUGUAAUUGAGCUGCACAAGGGCUUCUGUGGAAGUUUCAUUAUCCAUUAAGCACAAGCACCACUGCUUUAUAACGCGGGGCCAGGGCUGGAUUCUGAACCUCUCUCUCUCUUUCCAACAUUUUCCAGAUCGAGGCUCAUCUUGACACUCUGAUCAACGAGCAAGCGUCCUACGUGCUGACCAGAGCCGGGCUCAGUUACAUCUACAGCUGUGUGCAGCAGCACAGCACCGAACAGGUGAAGCUCUACCCUACAUGCACAUGCACUGACUAAUGGAGUCGUGCAUCUGUGGAUUUUCACUCACAUCUCUCUUGUCGGACUCACUAAUGGCCCCCUUUACCAGUUUAUAGGGCCUGGCUGCACUGUUUACCGUGCAAUUCCUGUUUAGGCUCUACAGAGCGAUUGCUAUGGUUACCAUGUGACCACUAUUGUUCUCAGGACAUAAUAACCCUUCAAUCAGAUUUUGAGAUGAGAAAAGGACAGUGAGAGGCAGACGAGGUUAUGAGGUUCAUCAAAACAUGGUCGCUUCUCUUGUGCAUAUGAGACAGCUGAUGCACCAGAGUUUCUCGCUUUGCCACUGGGCUGACUGAGACCCAAUAGUUGUGGUCUAGCAUGUGAGUCCUGAGUCCUCGGGUCAUGUCAGGACACACCACUCCCGUCUGUGGCUCUACACACAAACCUCAGCUGAGAACCUUAAUUUUCCUGCUUCUCGACUCGGGUGGCCUUCACGGCUCGUCUUUAAAUAUGUUUGAAAUAAUUAAAUCAAGCAAUAUCCCACAUGUCAGCAUCUGACCGCAAUCCCCCAACGUGGUGUGUCAGAUUUUCAUUUCUGUUUGACAUUUGAUUCCUGCUGUUGUUUUUUACCAGAUCACAGAAAUAAGUCACAGCAAACACAGAAACAGCGAUUAAAUCACUGGUUUGGCACUAGCUGGUGAGUUUGUAGCCUCAUGCUUCAUUAAUGCGCCCAUAUCUCCAUAAAAUCCCUCGAGGUACUGCACUCUAACUUUGACCCUUGAUCCGCCUUGUAAAUGUUGCUUUUAAUGUCGGCCAUUUAGGCAUUUAAGCCUGACUUAAUGUUGCCAUUCUGGAUAAUCAGUGUGGGUUAAUUGCCUGAAAGGUACCUGCUGUUGUAUUCACAGAGUCAGUCAUGUGUUUACCCGGCUUGUUCUGGGCCUUGUUAACAUCCAGAUCUGGAGAGCGGAUUUCUACUGUAUGCAAAUCAUAACGUCUGAGUGUAUUCAAAUAAAUAUCUUCAAUUAGGGCGACGGCACACAGUGACAGAGCUAAGCAAACGAAAGGUUAAAAAAUAAGGUUUUAAAUUAAAUCCUUAUUUUUUAACCGAUUAUGUCAAACUGUUAAUUUUCUAAGAGCUGAUGUCAUGCAGCCGUAAUUCUGUCCGUCCGUUUGCUCCAGGAAACCACCUUUCCCAAAAUAACUGCAGAGAGGAAGGGACUAUGAAAUUCUGUGUCUAAUUCAGAAAGCACAAGCACAGGGUUAAAUACUCCUCAGGCUGCUGUGCUGAGGAACAGACGGAGUCAGUUAUAACAAUGUGAGUAUUUAGCACCGUCAUGAUGAGAGCGCACAGCUUUCUGCAGCGGAGCAUGGAGACGCUUUGAUCUGAUUUCGGUCACAACAAAACACAAAACCGGAGCAAACUGUCCUGAGCUGCAGAGCUUCAAUAUGAAAAUGCUUUUUUCUUUGUGAAUUAGGAACAAAAAUGAGGCACAAAUUUGAUGCUAAGUAUAGCUGCAGUUAGGGCUGGGCGAUAUGGCCUUAAAUCAAUAUCACAUGGGAACAGUAACAAUUAGUAAAAAGUUAAAAUUGAGCACAGUUCAUUCAUUUUGGCUAAAUCUCAGAGUCUGCUGGUACAAAUGUGGGUUUAUAUAUUAUAACAGUGACAGUAGGGCUGAGCGAUAUGGCCUUAAAUCAAUAUCACGACAUAUUGAUCAGUUCACCUCGAUAACGAUAAACGGACGAUAACUACUCCACAAGCUGCUCACCCCCUCCCACAUUAACUAAGUCCAAUUCAGCCGCUCCAACUUUUGAACCGUCCUCCAUCUCCUCACCUGUCUUUCCCUCUUUGUUACGGACUGAAUGAGGAGAGUCACGUCUCUGACGUAGGACAGCAUCUUAAACUCAACUCAACUUUAUUUAUAAAGCACUUUAAAUACAACCAAAACUGACACAAAGUGCUGUACAUAAUAACAUAAAAACAUAAAACAACAAUAAAUAGUAAAAAAAAACAAAACAAAAAAACGAUACAACAAAUGUUGUCUUAUGCUUGGUCAAAAGCCAAGGAAUUAAAGUGGGUUUGUAGAUGGGUUUUAAAGGGACAUAGGACCAUAGCCUACCUACACACAUCCAAAACCAACUUUUAUUUAUUUUUCUGACACCAAUAUGACCGAGAUGACGUUGGUUAUAUUCGUAAAUUUCAGUAUCGGUAAAUUUUCGGUUUAUCGCCCAGCCCUACUUCACACCGUUAAUGUUAUAACUGAUGAGAUUUACCUGCAAAUCUUAAAGGGACAUAGUACCAUAGCCUACCUACACACAUCCAAAACCAACUUUUAUUUAUUUUAUUGACACUGAAUAUAUUGACACGGGCAAAACGAUGUUGGUUAUUGUUGUAAAUUUCUGUUUAUCACCCAGCCCUAGCUGCAGUUCAACUCAUUUAGAAACAGCCGUAGAUUCAGACCUGGUGUUUCUUCUUCCCUCCUAGGGUCCUCUGUCCCUCCUCCCCAGCAUGGACAGCUCCUCUGUCAAAGCCGCCAUGGUGAGUAAUUCUAGUGUGAAGAAGUGAUGAAGAACAUUUUCACGUCAUCACCGACAUAACCAACUCUCUUGUGUAAACAGGUCCAGUUUGAUCGGUACCUGUCGUCUCCUGACACUCUUGUGAUGCCACAGCUCAACUUCCUCCUCAGCGCAGCCAUCAAGUGAGUUUCAGUCCUCGCUGUUAACGAGUCACAUGAAUUUUCAGGCUUCUGAAUAAAUGUUUACGACGUCGCAUGGUCUUUUAACCCGCUAAAGUGCAUAUUCACUGUGAUAAAAAUAGAGCAGGGUGGUGAGCUAAUAAUGUUCAUCAUUCAUUAGCUUUCCCAGAUCUAAUGCAAUCAUUACUGCAUUCCAAACAAACCACCAGAGUAAAUGCACGGCCAGUUUGGACGCCAAAUUGCUCGAGCCGCCAGCCGUAAAGAGAGAGCAGCAGCAGCGAUGCCUGUAUUUGUUGUCGGAUCGGAGGAUGGUCAAGCUUUUAGCUCAAUCCAGCUGCUCCAUUGGAGGACUUUUUCUAUGAGUCACGUUUACUGGGAAGUGCAGCAGGCUUGAGGAGAACUCUGUACCUCAGGUUAAUGUUCUCUAUUAAUGGACAUGGGAGGACUGAUGGGCAGGACGCCAUUAAUUAGCUUCUGGUCCAUUUCUCUCUCACACACUCGUUCGCUGAAAUCACUCCUUUCUUUCUCUCUCUCUCUCUCGUGUUCUCUUAAGUCUGCUUCUCAGCGCGCCUAAAUACACAAAAACAUCAUCCAGCUCCUGAAAACAUCCUCAGAGCCCGCUAAUAACAGAAAUGUUCUUUUAGACCCUCUUUAUGUCACAUUUUGUGUGAGUGCACUCUCUCUGGGGGAGAUGUUGUACUCCACACUGAGUUUUUUUUUUUUUUUUUGGUGUCUGUGGACCACAUAGAAAAGAUCUCAAGAGCAUGAGUGGAAUAUAACAAAGGUGCUGCUGCUGCUGUCUCUGGGCUCCUCAAGAUCACUGUGGCUUACUUUAGUUUCACUUCCCAUCAAAUGUACGGCUAACUUUCCAGCACAGUAGUUUAGGUUUGUAAAAGAUAAAUAAAGAAAAGCUGUUAAAGGAGGUCGACACUAAAAGGAAACACAACUAAAGAUCUAGAGGUCUAUACCUGAGCUUUUCUUUUAGAGGAUGUAGUGGUGCUAAGGUGAUCCACUGAUGGAUGGAUGGAUGGAUGGAUGGAUGGAUGGAUGGAUGGAUAGAUAGAUAGAUAGAUAGAUAGAUAGAUAGAUAGAUAGAUAGAUAGAUAGAUUGGGGUUGGCGACUAAAGAUUGUGCGCAGAAAAAAAGGAAGGGACAUUGUUGUUAUUGCUGCUAUACGGGAUUCUGAUUGGCUAACUUGGGCUUAAACUCCCCGCUACACUGUGACCCGCAUGUUUGAUAUCCUCUUGACGGCAUAAAUACACGGGUUAGCGUAAACGAAAACUUUUCUGAAAACAUCGUAGUGUGCACACAGUUUUUUGUAAACGGAAAGGGUUUAAGCUCCGUUUAUGAAAAUAGAAAGACACGUGUUAAUGUGGUCGUAGGUUAUGUUCACGCUGCAGGUCAGUUCUGAAUUUUUAACCAUUUGUGACACAUAUCUAAAUUUUUCACGUAAGUGUGAACAGUGAAAUUCAUAUUUUUUUUAAAUCCGACCCAGGCCUCUUUUGUAUGUGGAUAUAAAUCGGAUAUGUAUCUGAUGUGACUGCAGCGUGGAAACGUCAUUGAUUUGCGACAAACUUCACCAUUGUUCGACAACACAACAACACGUCCUGCUUUGUGCGCAUGCGGGUCACUUCACGGAUGCAUUCCGUUCACAUUAGAAGCCGCGUUCGUUGUUAUAAUGUGAACGACCGCACAAAAAGAUCAGAUUUAACAAAAAAUCCGAAUUGUGCAUCAUAACCUGCAGUGUGAACGUAGUCUUGGAGUUGCCAGAAAACGGCCUCCAAAUGUUUCCUGUAAAAAUUAAAACCAUCGGCGUUAAAGUCACCUGUUGAUUCCCUGAAAUUUGAGCAGAAAUGCCUUUCCCGGUUAGGCUUCAAAUAGAGUUUUCUGUGAAAGAAAUCGCCUGAAAUGUAAUAAGCAAAGCAGCAAACUGUCCCAUUUGAACAGACAUUUGAACUUUAUUAUCGUGAUCAAUCAAUUAUCUCCAUUUUGAAUCUUAAUUUUGAUUGGCUACCUGCUGCAGCCUGGCACAUGUCUUACUUCAUUAGCUUUCAAGGGGGCGUUUUCAGCGACACGAAUGACUGUAGAUGCAGUUAAUUUGACCAAAAAUCAAAGGAUCUUAUCAGUUCCUUUUGAGAGUAAAUCAAAAAAAUAAUCCAUGAAGCUACAAAAGCUAGAGUGCAGCUUUCUCUUCCUUUUUUAGGAUGUUCAGCCGUCUUUAAAAAACUCUAUAAAGUAAAGCUAAUACUCUUUUAAAGAUGGCUGCAGAUAGUCAAAUGUUUAUCAGCUGGUAAUUACAAAAAGUGGCAUGUGUAUCAUGAAUGUUAAAUGCAUCCAUAGAUGGCAGUGUGCACCACUUACUGCCAUAAAGUGUUAGGACACAGUGGGGGCACACAAUGGUCACUGAACAAAAACCUAAUUAGGACAAAUUCUUCCUCAUGGCCGCCUGAUUUCAGCUCUUUAUGGUGAUUAAUUACAGCAGAGCGCUGAUUACAGGUUUAGAAGUGUUGGACCUAAAUGACACCAUCAAUGCCGGGUUUGAGAAAUCUAAAGAGCUUCAUGUGUUUGUGCAGGGAGCAGAUUUUCCGUCAGUCCACAGAGCUGGUGUGCAGAGCCUACGGAGAGGUUUACACGGCGCUGACCAGCCCGGCGAACAGCUACAAAGACCCAGAGAACCUGGUGCCCAGAUCCCCUCAGCAGGUCCAGACUUUACUAUCCUGAGACUGAUCUUGAAAUCGUGAGGUGAGCUUUGGUGAGAGACGGUCUGCAGGUUAUUUAAAGAAGAUUUGUACAGUGUAUUGACACAAAUGUAAAGACGGGAAGUCUUUAAGGUGAAGUGUGGGGAGGAUGUUAGGAUGUGAGUGGCUGACCUUAAAGAGAGACAUUGGGGAAAGAACAUUUUAUGUACAAAUAUAUAUGUGUGUAUAUAUAUAUAUAUAUAUAUACAGGGAUCCACUUACUUUCACUGUGGCAUGUUUUUUUCUCUCUGUAAAGCUUUAUUUCUACCUUUCUUCCCAUCAUGUCCUCUGUAGAGAGUCCAUAAUUGUACUAAACAAUGUCCUUUACCUGAAAAUAUUGAAGAUUACAUAAAACAUAACAAUACACAGAA